AAGCACAUCAGGGCGUGGGCGGAAACUGGUGCUGCUGUAUAGUAAUUCUGCGCGGCGCAACACUUUUUUUUAGAACAGCAAGGAGUGAGAAGUCGUCGUGCUAGAUUAGCUUUAUCCAUUUUGAACCUCCUAGUAGUGCUAUUCGGCGAUUUUUUACAAGUGAGCAGCAUAAUCAGAGCACGAAGUAGACCCUUUUGUAUAAUACCGAAGAACAAUGCCUAAUCAAGCCUAGCACUGGCGCGGGGAGGAAUUCCGUCCUGCCUGCGGCAGAAAAAACCAGCUUUUCCCGCGCUGCGGCUAAAGGAGCAACGCUGAUCUAGAUGGGCAACUCGGCAAAUGCGUCGGCCUUGUCACGGGAUGACAUCCACGGCAUCGCCAGCUUCGGCGAAAGGGACAUAAAACGCCUCUACAACCGCUUUCGGGCACUGGACAGUGACGGCAGCGGGUAGAAAUAUCCUGCUCAAAGAAGUUCUGCCUGCGUAUGGUUUUUGAUGGUCGUCUUUAUGGGGACUAAAAUCAAGGUGGGAGGAUCGAAGUCGUCUCUAUACAGAUUCAGAUUGUGGUGACCACGCUGUUUUAUUCUGACAAACUGGGUACUAUUUCUAUUUGCUUCAUCUAGCAAACCAAAAAACCUCCACAGGCAGCUCGAUCCCGCGGAGAUUUUUUCUGUCGCCGAACUGAACGAAAAUCCGCUGGUGCAACGAGUAAUAAACGUAUUCGAUGCGGUAUGACAGUGCACAACUCCCCCUCCUCCUCAUUUGUCAUGCAAAAUACCCAAUCCCCCCGCUGCCUCCUGGCACUGUUUGCAUGACGAGUUCUGGUAGCCCAAAUAGUACUGCACUCCAGUGAAGAUUUGUCAUGCAAAACCGACAUUCUCGCUGAUGCCUGUAUUGCCUUAUUGGGGCGACUUGCUGUGGUAGCGCUCGGCUUUUGUAUGUUGAGGUCGCCGAAAGUGCUUCCUCGCCCACCCCCCGGGGAGGGGAUCCUUGACCUGUGGCGCUGGGUGCGGGUGUCCACUACAUGAUGAUGAUGAUUGCCGUUCAUGCUAUACAACUGAGGGGGUGCAGGGGGGGUUGUGCACUGUCAUAUGCGGAUAACAGCGGUAGCGUUUCCUUCAUCGAGUUUCUCGUCGGAUUGGCAAAACUAGCAGCCGGGACGAGCGAAGAACACAAAUUGAACUUUGCGUUCAACAUCUACGACGUAUAAAAUCUUCAAAAUGACAGAGUUUCUUCAUCUCUUUGUCUAUUGUUGAUUUGUUUACACAAGAACGACUCUGUAAAUGUUUCUAUUUGCUCCUGCGAGCGCGUCUUUGUUCUCUGUCUGCUUUCUUUUGGACCACAAAUAGCUUGACUGCAAGAGCGGUCGCGGGUGGAGCUAUUUGCAUUUUCCUGCCAGUUUUAAUAUUAACAAUCAACAUAGGUGGCGAGGAACACGAAUCACUCAUUCUAUCAGGUAAACAAGGAUGGCUUCAUAUCAAACGGGGACCUGUUCCAAGUCAUGAAAAUGAUGGUCGGCGAUAACCUUACACAAGAACAGCUCCAACAGCUUGUGGAUCGGCAGAUGGUACUAUGAAAUGAAAUAUGCGGCCGUGGUGUCUCCGAUACCUCUCGUGGUUGCAUGUUUUUUGUUGAGCAGGCAGCUGAUGUGAAGUAGAUUCUUUCCGUCGCACAAAAAAGUACUAGUGACACCAGGGAGGCUAGCAAUCACGUAUUGUCGCUGAGUCAUCAUCUACAUCUUCUAGUUCUAACUACAGCAGCACAAAUUUAUAUGUAGUGAGGUCACCGAACGGUUCUAACCAGGGAGUUUUUUUGACAGCUACCCUGAAAAACGACCGGCAGUUUUCAAUCGGCCGGAAGUGUUUUUGCACAUGAAAAGUUUCCAUUUAUCAAUCGGCCGGGGCUUUGAUAGCAAACAAGCCCGGGCGGAUUCUAUCGGUUCCCGAUUGAUAAAACGACGCAGGGGAGCCGGCAAAAAGGGCGCCCUUCCGAGACGCCCGGCGCACCUAUUUCCGUCGAUUUGGGGCGCCCAAAAAGUGGCGCCAAGAAAAUGCAAAGCAGACAAAAACCGUGAAUCCGCAUGGUAUGGGCCGUAUUUUGGCCCACUUUUGGAGGUCGCAAAGCCGGCCACCAAAAGCGGGCAUUUGUAAUGCGGAGAGCAGGGCAAAAAGUGCGACUUUCCAACAAAAAAAAUGAAAAAAUGCGAAGGCCGCCAAAGUCUGUGAGCUAACCCGCAUGCUACGGGCCCGAUUUGGGGCGCCCAAGGGGCCGGCCCUGGCGGAGGCCCUUGGGGGGCCAUAGCAUGCGGGAAAGUGUUUCGAUUCAGGAGGCGGCAGCGGCGCGGCUUUUCAACAAAAAAAACCAAAGGACGCAAAUCCCGCCAAAAGCAGCAUGCCAACCCGCAUGCUAUGGGCCCGAUUUGGGGGGCCCACAGGGCCGACCCUGGCGGAGGCCCUUGUGGGGCCAUAGCGUGCGGGAGAGCGUCUCUACUCUGAAAAGAGCAAAAAGACCCGGCGUCGUCCAGUCAAAAAGACCCCGCGUGACCUCACUACCCCCGCCUCGGCGGCUAUAUUUGGUAACUCAAUUCUUCUGUUCAGGUCCAAGCCGAUAAAGAUUACGACGGCAAGCUCUCCUACGAAGAAUUCAAGGCAGCGGUGAAGAACAUAGGAAUAGCAGAGCAACUGUCGCUGAAGAUCUAGCUGUGACAGUACGGUUGUUGACGCGGAGUAGCAGGACAAGUGCUGAAGAAGAUUCUCCGUUGCAGUAGCGUCGAGCGAGCUGCAGCUACGGGAAGUAGAACUGGGCUCUGACGUUGGUCCGUCGUCUACACCACAGAAUAUGGCGCGCUUAAAGUCGCGUUUUCAAAAGUCAUAGUUUUUUUUUUUUGCUAGUCUUCAGGCACUGGCGCCGAUUUUAAUGCCCUGCCGAUAUGAGAAUAGGGUCGCCCGAGCUGGCGCGCAUAAAUGCGAUAGCACUGAGCCCCAGGAAGGCAAUUCGGACGGCGCGCAAAAGAAUGCCUCGCCGCGAUCCUUCGCGGCGCAUUCCGCGAUGCAAUUUCGAAAACCCCGGGGCCGCUUCGCCUCCCCCCGCCGCCCAAAGUUCUGAGCAAAGGAAAGGCGACGCGUCGCGGCUUAAUAGCCGAGCCCCGCCACAAUCUGGCGCACUUGCAUGAAGUCCCACCGAGGCCCGGAAAGGCCCGGCCGCCCCACAUGCGCCGCUCAGCUUGGUUCUGCUUGUCAGCCGGGCGCUGUGGCCUGCAUGAGGGCGGAUACCAAUGCCGCCACGCGCCCCACCGGCAAGAUGCGCCUCGCGGCCGCCUCAUGAGCCAGGCGCGCCGGCAAGGCGAGGCCGGCCCCUUCGUGGCGGGCCGCAGAAGGCCACGGCGGCGACGCCCUUUCAACAGGAAGCGCGCAGCCGCCGGCUGCGCCAAGUAGCGGCUGCGCCUUCCGUUCGGCGAAUAUUCCGAAUGCCGCCAAGCAACCGGCGAAGGACCAAUAUGCCAGCAAGCCACCCCAAUCGACCCGGGGCCCGAGAUUAUGUGGCCCCGACGACCUUUGCUGGUGUCCUUCCGGGGCAACCUCCGCCGGCCCCAUUCCGGAGGCCUCUUCAGAGGCCUCCUUGGGGGGCCUAGUUAGCUCGGGAUUGCAUGAAAUCCAGGGGGGGUGAUCCGGAGGCCAUUCGGGCCGCCAUUGUGGCCCACCAAGGGUUGCCUCAAAGGCCUCCGAAAGCGGCCCCAAUGAGAAGGCUUCAGAAUGGCACUUCGAAUGGGCGCCCAAUUUGGGGCGUUGGCGAGCCGGGGCUUGAAGGGGGGCUUUUUAGGCCAGCGGCCCUGGCUGGUUCGGGCGGGCGGGGCGGUUCGGAGGGAUUCUGGGGCGGCCUAGCCUUGGGGCCGCGCCUCCGAUGCUAGACCACAGGGGCCGCGCCACAACAGGGAAAACACCGCACGCGCGGCAGCAGCCUGUCUCGGCGGGGAGGCGCGGCAAGGGCCUUGCCGCGGUUGGAAGGCGUCCAAAAUAGUAAAGGCGCGAGGGGUGGCGCGGUCACUAGGUCUGUAGUUACGGCUGCCGGGAGGCCAGCGUGGUGGCGCCGUUGUGGGGCCGCAGCGAUGCAAGCUGAGGCAACAGGCGCAGCGCCCGCGGCCUUGCGCUUCGAGUGUCGCUUCACUUCCGGGGGUGCGGCGAGAUGUGAAAAUGGAUUCCGAGCAUUUGCUGGCAAGCUUGCUAAAGGCGGCAGUAGCGUCGCGGCGUCCAGCCUCCCGACGGUGCCAAUUCUGGCGCAUGGCAAAGAUUUCUUUGCGACACACCCAAGGCAAGGCGUGCGGCGUUUCGCCUACCGGCAUUUAACUGAACUACCCGCGUGCCCAGUUUUUGUGCCACCUUUCAAAAAAAAAAACUAUGACUUUUAAAAACGCGACUUUAAGCGCGCCAUACAGAAGUCCACCUGUGCAAUAGAUGAUGCUGGUCAGCUACAAAGCUAGACCCGGAGCUUCUUCUUCAGGCGUGGUCCAGCAUCGGUGGUCUCAAGGAGCUGCCCGCUGCCACAGUUGCGGCUACAACUGUAGAAGUAAACCUGCUGCAGUGUGCUACUUUCAGCAAAAAAUCCUGUCCUUGACUGCUCAUCCAGCAGUCUGCCUUUGAAAGGUUCCGAGUUCUGUGCAGCCAUCGCUCGCGCCGCUGUAGACAAAGGACUUCAUUUCUACAGUCCUCCCAGUCCAUUUUGUUAGGCUGAAAAUUGACGCACUGCAGUAGAAGCAUGAACAGAUACUACGUUUCUGCAGGCGGGUAUCGAUAUCCUCCUGUUGAAACUUUUCUUGCUGCACGUCCUCCCCAGCGCGCAAGACAAAUGAACAUGUUCCGAGCGCAUCACCAAAUUGUUGAGGCGUGUGUAGCACGUGUCGUCGGC